AUGUCCAGGCACCAGAAGGGCGGGGACAUCGAGGCGGGGACCUCCGGUGGCACUGCCAUGGCACCGCCGCCAGCGCCGGCCCAGGUGCUGUACCCCUGGAUGGCGGAGAGCCCCGAGCUGCGCUGGGCGCUCAUCCGGAAGAUCUACGUCAUCCUCUCCCUGCAGCUUCUGCUCACCGCCGUCGUCGCGGCCGUCGUCGUCAAGGUCUGGGCCAUCCCGCACUUCUUCGUCUCCUCCUACGCCGGCCUCGGGCUCUACAUCUCCAUCCUCAUCUUCCCCUUCAUCGUGCUGUGCCCGUUGUACUGCUACCGUCAGAAGCACCCAGUGAACCUGCUGCUGCUCGGCGUCUUCACAGUGGCCAUUAGCUUCGCUGUGGGCAUGACAUGUGCCUUCACUAGCGGCAAGGUCAUUUUGGAGGCUGCGAUUCUUACAAUGGUGGUUGUCUUGAGCCUGACUGCUUACACUUUCUGGGCUGUAAAGAAGGGCAAGGACUUCAGCUUCCUUGGUCCUUUCUUAUUUGCUUCUCUUGUGAUGUUGCUCGUCUUUGGUUUCAUUCAGAUCCUCUUCCCGCUGGGCAAGCUCUCUCACAUGAUCUACGGUGCGCUGGCGGCACUCAUCUUCAGUGGCUACAUUGUCUAUGACACGGGCAACAUCAUCAAGCGUUACACCUAUGACGAGUAUGUCUGGGCCGCCGUCUCGCUCUACCUUGACAUUAUCAAUCUGUUCCUCGCCCUGCUGACCCUGUUCAGAGCGGGUGACAGCUAA